CAUCACCAACAGCAUCAUACGUCCUUCCACACUCCAACCAUGGCACCUCAGAAAGCAAUCGCUCUCAGUCUGCUCCUAUUGAGCUCUUGGGCGUCGGCCUCCGCCAUCCCUGUCCGCGCUCGCGCCGCAGCAUCCUCUGCGGUGGCCUCCUCUGCAUCAGCCCAAGCGACCUGCGGAUGGACGUACUUCCUCAAUGUCGACAACACCGUCACCACCGACGAUGAAGACGCCAACAACGGCGAGGAUGACUCGAGCACUACGUCCAAGCGCGACGAGCAUGGUCUGCACCAGUUUGCCCGUCGCAGCCGCGUCACCACUGGUUAUAACAACAACAAGUGCUCUCUGGGCAAGAAGAAGAUCUACAAACCGCAGUAUCCCGGACCUGCCGCCCUUGAAAAAGAGCAGGGAGAUGCAUUCCUGGGAUACUACAUCCCCAAGUUGGACCAGUGCCCGGCUGGGGCUGUGACCUACGAUGUGAUCACCGAUAGUUCGGUGCUCACCAAUACCGUGGCCGCCUACUGGGACUCGGCCAAUGCGGGCACGGGCCAGAAGUAUAUUGCUCUCGGCGACAAGCCCUCGGCAACUGAUUCAUACAUCAACGUGGAUCAUGUUUACGAAUUGAAGAUUGUCGACAGCUUCUUCUCCGCCAUGAUCAAGAAAUACAACUUCUGUGACAGCUUUAAGACCUUCUUCCUCACUGAUGACACUGCACAUCCGAUGGCGAACGGCGUCAAGACCCGACUUCAGCGACUGUACGCCAUGUUGCCCAGCAACACAUACCUAGACUUUGUCGCCAUGGACAAUCAAUUGAACAGCAUGAAAGCUCCUAUGUUCGAUGAGAACCUCAGCGGGAUGCAGUCUCCCAAGGGCGCAACGGCUGAAGAAGAAGCCAACAACGCCCUCUCCAUCAUCAACACAAUGGCAACGGUGGUCUCGAUGCUCCGCGACAACAAGAUCGCCGAGAUCUUCAAGACGACUAACAAGCGCAUGUACGAGGCCUUCUUGGGAAUCGAUCAGCUGGCCACUGGAUGCAACGACCCGAUCCCCGGCAAAGGCUGGGCGGACUCGUACUCGAGCUGGAUGGAGGAGUUCCUCUCGACGCAGGCUACAUCUGUCUCUUCGCAGCUCGCCUCUAUCUCUCGGCAGGUGACUCCCACCACCGACGCGUCCGGGCAGAAGAACGGCCUUGGCGAGGGUCUGGAUGCCUUCAACGCGAAGUAUCCCGCCGCCUCCUGGACCUGGGACGCCAAGCAGCUGCUGGACUUCUCCGCCCCGAGCGCCAUUGCCUUUGCUAAGCGCGGAGCCGAGAGCAGUGUGGCGGCCUGCACGCCCACUGCCUCGGUCUCGGCUUCGUCCAGUGCAGCUGUUACCACCCACACUGGCUCCUCCGCAAUCGUGACAGCCUCGCACACGAGUCACCUGGUGACCUCGACGAAGACUACGCACACGCCUGAGAGCGAGACCUCGAAGGCAGUGCACAGCUCCACGAGCGUGAAAUUGGAGACUUCGCGGCCGGUCACCACCCAGACCACCGAAACACCUGUCGCCACUAAGCACUCGACCACCACGGAGGCUGCUCCCAGCACGACAGCUAUUAGCACUACUACCACCUCGUCUCACACUUCGUCUUCCACUACUUCGACUCCUAAACCGAUCACUUCGACCACCACCCUCACGACAUCCACCACAUCAAGCAAGACCACCACAAUCACCACCACCACCACCACCUCGAGCAAGACCACCACCACCACGGCCACCAAGACCACAACCACCGCGGCAGAGGAGACUACCAAGACGACCAAGUGCAAGACGGCGUCCCAGUGCCCCCGAUGCAGUCUGCUGAAGAAGGGCAAGUGCAGCGGAGGCGUGUGCAAGUGCUAG